UGUGACCAUUACCGGCUUUCCUAAGUACCUAUGUGUCACCAUCUGAUGCACAAUGUAAUGUCACAAUAUAAUCACAAAACAUAUUGUGAUUGCUCCUAUCAGCUGUCGAGUGCCUUUGGCACAGACAGCUGCAACUCCUGUCCACGAGGUCUACCCCACCCCCGGGAACCUAAUCCAGCUCUGGGUCCAGUCCUUCUCUGUUGUGGGGAGCCAGCAAGAGCCAGGACGCCCCUCUGAGCCUCCUCUCUCCCCUGCUACCAAGACCAACGCUACAAAAUGGCUGCCAUGACCAUUGAUCCAGUGGAGCAGCCUCGCAUGUACCAACAAACUCUACUUCAAGAUGGACUUUGUGACUUGCUGGAGAAUGACAAGUUUGUGGAUUGUGUUCUCAAGGUGCAGGAUAAGGAGUUCCCCUGUCACCGUCUGGUCCUGGCAGCAAGCAGCCCAUUCUUCAAAGCUAUGUUCUUGUCUGAGCUAGAGGAGAGCAAGAAGCAUGAGAUUGUUCUCAAAGAUGUAGAACCUGGGAUUUUAGGAAUGAUUUUAAGGUAUUUAUACACUUCUGAUAUCAAUUUAACAGAGCAAAAUGUCCAGGAUAUUUUCAUGGUGGCAAACAUGUACCAAAUACCAUCCAUAUUUUCAGUCUGUGUGUCCUACCUUCAAGAGAAGCUAGUACUUGGAAAUUGCUUGGCCAUCUUCAGGUUAGGGUUGCUUUUGGACUGUCCCAGGCUGGCUCUGGGUGCAAGGGAAUUUAUAUGUGAGCGUUACCAAGUUGUAGUGAGGGACCAGGACUUUAUGCAGCUCAGCCCGAGUGAGCUGGCUAUCCUAAUUACAUCAGAUGCCCUGAAUGUGGACAGGGAGGAGAUUGUGUUCGAAUCCCUCAUGGACUGGGUCAAACAUGAUGAGAACAACCGACUCAAAGAUCUACCAGAGUUACUCCACUGUGUCAGAUUUAGGCUUAUACCUUUGGAUUACCUCAAGGACAAAGUAGAAAAACAUCAGUAUAUUCGCUUCAGUCAGGAGAUGAAGAAGGAUCUAGAGCUGGUCAAAGAUGCACACAAGGGACGACUGCCAAAACCCCAAAAGCACAAUUCUAAAGGGGCAGCAGGAGGUGAGGAUGAAGAUGAGGAAGAUGAUGAAGAGGGGUACCUCCCCGGUAUCCUUAACAAUAACCCUCGUUUUGGGAUGUUCGAGCUGGAUCUGAUACUCAUGAUCAGUGACACAGGGACGGUGGCAUAUGACCCAGUGGGGAAUGAAUGUUUUGUGGCGUCAGAGUCCACAGAAAUCCCCAAGAACCACUGUAGCCUGGUGACCAAGCAGAACCAGAUAUUUGUUGUGGGUGGGCUACUUUUUAACGAAGAGGACAAGGAUGAACCAUUCAGUUCAUACUUUCUACAAUUUGAUCCAGUGAGUUCAGAGUGGCUGGGGAUGCCCUCACAGCCCUCCCCACGCUGCCUGUUUGGGAUGACAGACAUUGAAAACUCCAUCUUUGUGGUGGGAGGCAAAGAACUGAAGGAUGGAGAGCAUGUGCUGGACUCCGUCAUGAUCUAUGACAGACAAUCUUUUAAAUGGGGUGAGUCUGAUCCACUUCCUUAUCAAGUCUAUGGACAUGGAACUGUAUCACACAAUGGUCUGGUGUAUGUGAUUGGCGGAAAGUCUGAGAGCAAGAAGUGUAUGAGGAGAGUGUGCACGUACAACCCCACAAAGUUUGAGUGGAAGGACCUGGCCCCGAUGAAUACAGCCCGCGCUCUCUUCGGAAUCACAGUUCAUGAGGAUCAAAUCUAUGUGGUUACUGGUGUAACGGACUCAGGCCUCACCAGUUCUGUGGAGGUUUAUGACAUCGCCACAAACAAAUGGUCAGAGUUCACAGAGUUUCCUCAGGAGCGCAGUUCCCUCAACCUCGUCUCAAUGGGCGGGUUUCUGUACGCCAUUGGAGGAUUCGCCAUGAUGCCCACAGAGACCAGUGAGGAGCCUGUACCAACAGAAAUGACUGAUAUCUGGAGGUACGAUGAAUUGGAGCAGAACUGGACUGGCAUUUUAAGAGAAAUAAGCUACGCAGAAGGAGCCACCAUUCUGCCUGUACGCCUAAACACACUGCGCCUCAACAAGUUAUAACCAAAGUGAACCACCAGGCUAAUUAUAUAAAGAGAAUGGGUCAAAUGCAGUUCUUGGAAGAUCAUAAGAGAUUGUACGUACACUAUUUUGACAGAUAGUGGUUCUCCUGUAUAGAUUUAAUUUCCCCUUAGAGAAAGGAGUAUCCAUCUUACAAUGCUUAGACACCAAUUAUUGUCAUUGAUCAGUAAGAAAAUACAUUUAAUACUUAAAACCUAAUCAAUUUGAACUGUGCUAGAAUCCUUCAAAUUAAUACACCGACACUCCAGUCAAGAAUAACAAUAUGGCCGCUACCACAGUAGAUAUUGUGAUUACUAAUACAGCCCUAUAUGCAGCUAUAAGUGUGUAUUUUAUAAAGUAAUACAAAACCUUAUUAAAAAUCUGGAAUGUUGUAGUCCUUGUCAUAUGCCCACACAGAGUAGUACAUGCAUGCAUUUUCUUUGCUCUAAUGCACCUACUACAUUGGCCAUGAUGGGGUUUAAUCCCAUAUUCACAUCACCUGUCAGUGGUCAUAUUAACAUCACCUGUCAGUGGUCAUAAUGUAAUGUCUGCCACUGAUUUGGUGCAGUUGUCAUGUGGGAGUAACUUUGGUUAACUGCAUUAUUUAUUUGUUAGACAUUUUAAGCUCUCAAGAAUUUCACCCAGAGUGCACUCGAAGUUAAAAAGGCUUUAUAAAGGGUAUGGCUUUCCAGAUGAAUCAAAAUGGGACAUAGAAUCCAAAAAAGUUCGGUCAAGUGGUGAUAAAUAAAAGCAUUUUAUCUUG